AUGCUCGCCGCUCGUCGCCAACUACUGGCACCUCGUUCCUCCGCCUCCGUGAUCUCUGCCUUGACCGCGGCCGCUCGACGACAAACCCUCUCGACCUCGUCCAUCUCCCAGAUGGCACCCACCUCGAACCGAAAGGAAGACGCCAAGGUCGGACCCAUGUGUGAGUGUCGAGGUGUGCGGCGUGCUUGCAGCGGUUGAGGUCGUGGACGCCUCGCCUCGGCUUGAAUGGCGAUAACUGACCGACCCACCGCGGACUACAUCACCCUCACCCGACCACCCACAACAGACCGAUUCGAAGCUACGUUGCCUUCAUUGCCCGUCCCCAAGAUCGAAGAGACGGCGCAGCGCUACCUCGAAUCGAUCAAGCCGUUCCACAUCGACCCGAACCCGCUGGCGUCGACUGAACCGACCGAGUCGUUCCGAGCGAGCGAGAAGGCCGUCGCCGAGUUCGUCGGUUCGCCACUCGUCAAGGAGCUACAGCAACGCCUCGAGCAGCGCGCCGCCGAGCGACCGAGUUGGCUCAGCGAGUGGUGGAACGAGACCGCUUACUUUGGGUGGCGAGGACCGGUCGUACCUGGUUAGUGAUGGAAGCGGCGGCGCUUCUCCGGAAUUGUCUGUCGCCGGGAGCGAUCGGGGUGGUGUGAUGCGGAUUGGAUCGCUCCGUGCCCACGCGCAAUCUGCAAACCGAAAGCCGCGGCAUAUAACCCCCCACAUGGUCUCGGCAACCGAGCACGACCGCUGAUCAUACUCAUCCCAUCCUCUCACAGGCGUCAACUACUUUUUCACCCACCGAGAUGACAAGAAGCGUCGUACUGGACCUGCACGGGCCGCUGGCCUCGUGAGGGCCCUGCUCUUCUUCCGCAGGCUGACCGAAACGUAAGUCCUCGAAGACCCAGUAUGCGGCCGGUUCGAGAUUGUGCGCUCGUCAAAAUCUAAUUUCCCCGAUGCGUGAAUAGACAACAACUUGAACCCGAAAUGGCUCGCAAGGCGCCGCUCUGCAUGGCCUCGUACAAGUACCUCUUCAACACGACCCGUCUCCCGACCUCCCCCUCGGACAGCGCUCGCAAGUACGACUCCGAUACCCACAACCACGUCGUCGUCAUUCGUAAGAACAAGUUCUACGAGGUCCCUGUCGUUGAUAGCAAGGGCGAGUUCUUGAGUGAGAAGGAGCUCGAGCUGUGAGUCUUCUCUCGGUCGGUUGGGAGACCUCCGGGGACCUCCGGGCUGAUAUCAAAGGUGCCGACACUCCCUCUUGGUGACCCUUCGUUCAUCUCGCAUUAGCCUGUUCAAAAAGGUCGUCGAUCUUGCCGGAAAGGACGCCGCGGCACACCCUGUUGGUGCCUUGACGACCGCCCAUCGAGAUGUUUGGACACAAGCACGAAAAGACAUCGUUUCGCACGACCCCAAGAACGCCAAGUCGCUCGAGAGGAUUGGCUCGGCGAUCAUCAUCGUCUCGCUGGACGAGAACAAGCCCGUCACGCGCGAAGAGAUCAGUUGGGCCAAUUGGGUCGGCGAUGGCCAGAACAGGUGGUUCGACAAGCAUCAAUGUGAGCAGCGAGUGAUGGUCAGCCAUGGAGUCCAUGCUCUCUUGAACUGGCAUAUCUGACCGAGAAUAUCUCCUUCACAGUGAUCGUUUACGAAAACGGUCGAUCCGGGUUCAGCGCCGAGCACUCGUGCAUGGACGGUACGCCCACCUCGCGACUCAACGAUUGGGUCUUGCGCUCGCUCGACAAUGACAAGAUCGAUCUCGGCCCGUCGACGCCUCGUGAUGCCUCUUCCCUCCCCUCCGUCACCCCGAUCGAAUUCUCCCUCCCCGCCAAGGUCCACACCGCGAUCGACGAAUCGAUCGCCGCUCACCAAGAAACGAUGGCCAAGCACGAACUCGCGGUGAUGCAAUACGACGGUUUUGGAUCGACGACGAUCAAGUCGUGGAAGAUCUCCCCCGAUGCGGGUGCGCAAUUGAUCAUGGGCUUGGCGCAUUACAAGAUGAACGGCACCUUCGCACCGACGUACGAGUCGGCCCAAACGCGCAAGUACAAGUUGGGACGAACGGAGGUCAUUCGUUCGUUAACGACUGAUGCGAUCGCUUUCUACAAGUUGAUGGAGAACCCCGAAGCGACGAACGCGCAACGCGUCGAUGCGUUGAGGAAAGCUGCUGCGACGCACAUCAAGCGAGCGGGUGAAGCCGCCGAUGGUCAAGGUGUUGAUCGUCAUCUGUUUGGAUUGAAGAAGUUGUUGAAGGAAGGGGAGAAGUUGCCGGCUUUGUACGAGGACCCGACGUUCGCUCAGUCCGGGAACUGGGUUUUGUCGACCUCGCAAUUGGCCUCGGAGUACUUUGAAGGAUGGGGUUACGGUGAAGGUGAGUAGUGGGUGGAUCGGAAACCCAGCCGCUCGUAACAUCUCUGCUGGGAUCUGACUCUAUCAUCACCACUUUCCCACAGUCGUCGAUGAAGGAUACGGUCUCUCCUACGCCGUCAACGCCAACUCGCUGCGCUUCAUCAUCACCUCGAUGAACAAGGGUGCGCAAUCGCCGGCGCACUUGAGGGCCUACCUCGAAGAAGCCGCCGGUGACGUCCGAACAAUGGUCGAGAAGGCUUCGGCUGGAGCAGAAAAGGCCAAGUUGUAA